AUGGUGUCACACCAACAAGGUGCGGAUCGGCAAAUCAUAGUUAGCCUGUGGCACCCAGCCGCCAAUUUUUAUCAAGACACCAAUGCCUUAUUGCAAGCACUGUGCAAAAGAAAAACAAGGGGCGCGAGGAUGUCACCUUGCCGAAAACACCAAAACUUCCAGGGAGCCCCAAGAUUUUCUUUUCAGUUACCCUUGCGGAAACAGCAAGGGGCUAUGCAGCAGAAAAGGCUCAAAAUUCUUCAACUUUGCCGAAGCAAGCCCGCAUGCCAGGCCUUCACUCUUUGCCAAAGGCCCAAACACAAGCUCCCUAGCCGCAGAACAAGACCAGCCCUAAGGGGAUCCGACACCGAAAAUCAGAGGAAGCCACCCUUGCCAAACAAGGAAUCGGAGGGGCUCACACCAAAUCUGCCAAGGGGUGACAAAUAUCAAAUUUAUAUCAGCCCAGCCCCGAACCAGCCCAAAACACCUAAGCGCACUUUCACCUCUUGCCGAAGGGAGCUAACGGUGCAAUCUGCAUUUGAAACACUAUCACCUACCAAACGGAAAGGAUCAACCGAAAGCAGAACAAACUACAAAAAUCAAAAUCCACACCCACGUGCUACAGAACCAAGAGGCCCAGACCUAUGGCUGUACUUAAGCAUAAAUGAAGGCUCAGCUUCAGGUUCCAAGCUCAAUCCCUUCUCUCCUUGGCCCAACCAAGACCCUGUCAGAGGAUCACACAAACCACCAUCAUAA